GAGAAACACGGACAUUUCAGCGUGUAGCACACAGCGAGAAAACCAUGUGGAAAGAGCGGAGUCAACUUAGAAGCGAACGAUUUCUACUUUAGUGGUUUGAUACAAUUUGCUGAAACAAACUUACAAUGAUCAGUAUGGUUAGCUUAAAUAUACUUUAGCAACAUUUAUCGAGCUUUUGGGUGAUAUCUUUUAGUCGGCUUCGAGUUAAAUCAUGGGAAAAUCAAAGACCAAAAACCAGAAGAAAUCCCGAGCCCAAGCCAUCCAUGUAGCUGAGGAUGCCUACAGAUCUGUGCCCCACUCCUUCGUGUUUCAUCGGGGUCAGGUUGGAAAAAACGUGGGUCAACUCGUCCAGGACAUGCGGACAGUCAUGCAGCCCUACACCGCGGAGUCUCUGAAGGUACGGAAAAAAAAUCUCCUUAAGGAUUUUGUGUCCAUAGCAGGGCCGCUGGGAGUGACCCACUUCAUUAUCUUUGGCAAAACCCCCAACAGCAUCAACAUGAGAUUAGCUCGGCUUCCCAAAGGCCCCAUGCUUUAUUUUAAGGUCCUCAAGUAUUCCCUUAUUAAAGAUGUGGUUUCAUCUUUGAAGAAGCACAGGAUGCAUGAGCAGCAGUUCACCCAUCAUCCACUUCUCAUCUUCAGUAACUUUGGAGUGGAUGGCAUGCAUGUGAAGCUCAUGGCCACCAUGUUCCAGAACAUGUUUCCCUCCAUAAAUGUCCAAAAGGUAAACCUCAACAGCAUCAAGAGGUGUGUGUUGUUCAGUUUUGACCCAGAGUCCCAGGAAAUUCAGUUUCGGCAAUACAGCCUGAAAGUCGUCCCUGUGGGCAUGAGCCGGGGAGUAAAGAAGCUGAUGCAGGAGAAGUUCCCCAACAUGAGCAAGUUUGACGACAUCACAGAGCUGCUGGUGAAGGGAGCAAACUUGUCUGAAAGUGAAGCCGAGCAGGACGGCGAACACAACAUAACCGAGCUGCCACAGAUGUACUCAGGAAGAGGCAACAUGCCGUCCCAACAGAGCGCUGUCCGUUUGACCGAAAUCGGUCCUCGUAUGACUCUGCAGCUGGUGAAGGUCCAGGAAGGGAUGGGCAACGGGAACAUUCUUUACCACUCCAUGAUAUCCAAAACUGAGGAAGAAAUACAGGAGAUCCUGAAGAGGAAGGAAGCCAAGGUGAAAGAAAAGGAGGAACGCAAGAAAGCACAGGAGCAAAAUGUGGCAAAGAAGAAAGAGAAACGAGAAGAGAACAAGAAGAAGAGUCUGGAAGGCAUAAAGAAAAAACGAGCUGAAGCCGAGGAGGACAGCGAGGUGGAAGAUCCAGGAAUGCAGGAAGAUCGGGCAGCUGCUUUUGAACCUGACGAUGAUGUGGAGUACUACAGACAGGCUGUGGGGGAAGAACCAGAUGAAGAUAUGUUCUCCGGUGCCAAGAAAAGGAGACGCUCAGAAAAAUCGCACAAAGGAGUCAAGAGGAGAAAGCUGUCCGCUGGUAAACCCUCGAAAGAACCAGAUUCUAAAUCACCAAAAAGAAAAGGUGCAGCAGGACAGCAUAGAGACAAGACAAGAAAUGCUGUACAGGGAAAAGGAUGGAAGAAGUCUAAAGAUGGAAAAGGAUGGAAGAAAAAGAUGGAAGAAAAGGACGGAAAAGGAUGGAAGAAGUCUAAGAAUGGAGAGAAAUCAUUUGGGAAGAAAAAAUGGGCUCAAGGAAAAGCAUUUGGCUCUAAACAAUCUGGAGAGAGAGAAAAUAAAUUUGCGCGGAAAAACUUUGAUGGAAAGAAAAACGAGGACAAAUUGUUUAAAUCGAAAGGUCACAAAGGUAAGUCUGACUUCAAGAAGAAAGGUGCAGGCGGAAAGCAAGCUUUUACACGGACCAAAGGAAAAGCCUGAACUUUGGUUUUCUUCCCUUCAUUUGGACUUUAUACUAAAUGCCUUUCCGGUGCUUUGGAACAGCACCAAAUGUAUUUGCUCCUACUGUCUCAGUGUUUGAACACUUAUUCUGAGUGAAUCUUGCUGAGCAACCUAAAAUAAACAAGAGGUAAAAAAAGAUGCAAAAAAUGUCCUUUAUCAUUUGUGUCGACCACUGAACAACAAUAAGCUUUUAUUCUGAUUAAAUAUGCAGCUCUGAA